AUGUCUCAACGUGAGAAGGUUCAGAGGUCGUUAUUCACAUAUUAUAAAGUCAAUGGAAAUAAGAACGUUGCUUAUACAAAUAAUUUGGUGAAGGAUUUCAUCCGAGAAACGAGCUCAGUGAUUGAGUUGCUCAGUGAUGAAGAGACAGGUAAUGAGGCUGUAGACUCUGCUGGCUGCAGUAAUUAUAAUGUCAAAGAUGAAGAAAUGCCAGCCAAGAUAGAAAAGAACAAGAGUGAAGGAGAAACUGUAAUGACUAGUUCAACCAUGACCAGCAUAUCCUUGAAGCAAGAAAAUGCAUUGUUCGUUGCCUCGGAUGAAGAGCAAGAAGUAGCCGUUGAUGAAGAUGAAGGUUUUGAUACAAUAAAACAAGAAGACAAGAUUGAGCCUGACUUCAGCCAAGGUCUCGAUUCUUUAGGCUGUCCAGAACAAUUGCUUGAAGAUGUGAAAUGCCCAGUCUGUGAGAUUCAACUUGACAAAUUGUCCAUUCUAGAAAGAACUACCCACGUUGAUGGAUGCUUAUUUCUCACUUCUACUAAACUUGUUUACAAAUCAUUAAAGGCUGCCUCAAAACAGAAAGUUAAGAAACCCAAAUCAGCUCCCAAAAUAACAUCCGAGGAACGAAUUGAAAAGUCAAAAGAUGCCAUAAGGAACAGAGCAAAGCAGAUACCGGAUGUCAAGAUUCUAAACUUUACCUCUUGCAAGUUUGCAGUUGAUGCUUUCUGCUAUGGUCAACAUCCCGAGAUAACACAUUAUUUUCUGUCUCACUUCCACGCCGAUCAUUACAUGGGCAUCACCAAAAACUGGCACAAUGGAAUCAUAUACUGUUCAAGGAUAACCGCUGAACUGCUAGUCCUCAAGUACAAUGUAUCAGAAGAAAUCUUGAGAAUUCUCCCAUUCAAUGAGACAAUGGAGAUUGAAGAUACACAAGUGAAAGUAACUAUGAUGGAUGCUAACCAUUGUCCUGGUAGUAGCAUUUUUCUCUUCAGAGACUCGAAAGAGCAUUGCAUUCUUCAUUGUGGAGAUUUUCGAAUCAACAAAGAAAUGAUACAAAAGUUAGCUUCCUAUAAAAUCAAUGAGAUUUACUUAGAUACCACCUACUUGGAUCCUACUUACAAUUUUCCCAAGCAGGAGAAUGUCAUUGACGUGGUAGGCACCUUUUGUGAGAAUAUAUUCAGAGGUGUUUAUCAACAUCCUCUACAGCAACGAAUUACUGACUUCUUUACAUUUCGGAAACGCUCUAAAACAUUGAAGCCCUUAAUAUGCGUUGGCACUUAUACAAUUGGUAAGGAGAGGAUCGCUAUUGACAUAGCAAAGAGGCUCAAAACGAAAUUGUACGCGCAGUCAUCCAAAAGGGAGAUUCUUAAUACUUUCCACUGGGAAGAAUUAGAUACACUUCUCACUAGCACCCCCACAGAGGCCAAUGUGCAUCUUAUUCCUAUGCAAUAUAUGAACCUUGAACAGUUAGAAAAAUAUUUCCACUCAUACAGAAAUGAUUUCUCCCAAAUCAUAGCAAUCAGACCGACAGGAUGGACGUUCGUAUCAGCCAAGAAUAAUUCCACUAAAUGGAUGAAAGAACUAUCGAAGUCUCAGAUACUGGCUCGAAUUGUCAAAACGAAAAAUGAUGCCUCCAGAUUUGACUUGGAAUCCAUUGAAAAGCAGUUCAAUAGUGAUAAAGUCACACAAAUAUACCAAGUACCCUACAGUGAGCAUUCAAGUUUUAGAGAGCUCAGUUUUUUCAGCAUUUUGUUGGAUCACACCAGAAUAAUCCCGACAGUGAAUAUGAACAACAUGCAAAGCAUUAAAAACAUGGACAGCUGGAUUUUUGAAUGGCAACAAGCAAGGGCUGUUCAACUAGUAACAAUAGACGAUUUUUAG